AUGAAGCUCACGGCCAACUCCGCACUCGCCUGCCUCGCCGCGCUGGCCGCUACGGCAACAGCAACUCCCUUCAGCAAGCGCGCCAGCUUUAGCGGCUACAUCACGCCCAUCGGCGAGAUCAGCAACGCAGGUGCCUUAUCAGCCUGCGGCCAGGAGUACGUCACGGGCAGCAUGUUCGUUGCCGUCCAGCCGUCGCUGCUGCCGGCCGACUGCUCGCCGGCCCCGAUCUCCAUCCAGUGCAACGGCGCCACCGUGACCGCCCAGGUCGUCGACAAGUGCAUGGGUUGCGGGGCCGACCACAUCGACGUCUCUGCUGCCGUCUUUUAA